AUGGAGCGACAUUGUGGAAAAGCAGGAGAGAGAAAAAAGAAAUGGAGAGAGAAAAACUGUGCAGUAGAAUUAAGGGAGAAGAGAAAAAUAGGAGGUGUGAGUGAACCAUGAGAGAGACAGAGAGACAUCCUUUCCAGCUACGGCUGACAAGUGGAAAAUGAGCAGAGGCAAUAUGUAAUCUCCUCUGAUGUAGUUUCACAUCCCAUCGCCGCCUCCUGCAUCAGUGCCAGCAGAGGCUACAGUAGUGAGGAGGCGCGUUGCUAUGGAGUGGGAAGAUUUGCAAAGAGUGAGCACCAUUACAAAUCUGGUUUCAGAGAAAAGAGGAGAGGAAAAGAGAAGGGGAGGCAGGAGGAUAAUGAAGAUCUGGAGAGAGGAAAAAUGGGGAACAGUUUGAGGGGAGGAAGGUCACAGGGGCACGAGGGCGAUAAAUGA